AUGUCUGAGGUGGUACCUACUCGUUGCGUGGACUGGUCGCUCAACACAGAUAGUGAGUCUGGGAAGCUGUUCCUAUGGCACAACAUCUACAACAUUAGUGUUUGGAGCAAUACACUUGGCCUCAGCGAGCCAUAUGAUGGGCUUGAUGAUACCAGCGUUUGGGAGGCGUUCCUUCAGUUUCAAAUCAGCACUGUUUAUAAACUAUGCGGAGUCUGCCGCAAGCCUGAGGGGAAUGAAGACUUGAAGGUUUGUUGCUACUGUGGGCAGGCUGUUCACAAAUUGUGCUCGACCAAGGCGGCGAGCGACCAGAUUGAGUGGAAGGACGCGAACAAAAAGUUUGUCUCGCAUAUGCGCGUGUGUGGCAGUUGUGAUGGUGUAGAAGUCCCUGCCGCUUUUACGCCCCCCGUUAGAGAGGCGCCCGACGCUCGAAGGGUGGUUCGUCGUGCACUGGUUGUCCGUGACGAAUACCCGGAAGAGGUUGUGCGGGAACUUGAGUCCCUCGAGAAGAAGGCUUGUAGGCCACAUUCGAAGGAAGAGGAUGAUAGGCUGCUGGGCAUGGUUUGUCGAGCCGUAACCAGAUUUUUCCAACCCCGGAAUUCGCUUCACCUUUUCGCGAAGGUGCGUCAGGAAAGUAAGGGAGGGGUGGGUGUUGUUGCCUUGAAGAACAUUCCUGCGUUAACUAUUGUUGGCGUCUACCCGGGAUACUGCGAUGCACUAAGCGGCGAGCAUGCCAAGUUGGGGAGGCCAACGGCCAAGUACGCUCUGAUGGACCUUAACUGCGCGGAUUACUUUAAUGUUGUUUUUGAAGAGUUUCAGAGCACGUUCACACCAUUCAUAAAUGAGCCAGGUGAAGAUGAAAGGAGCAACUGUGGGUGGAUUCAAGAGACGAAGAAUAAGGAUGGGAGACUCAGCGUUAUGACUUGUCGGGGUAUUCGGAAGGGGGAGGAGCUUCUCAUUGGCUAUGGACCAGUGUACCCGCGUUCGUACCCCUACACAUAUGACGCCUUUACAUUUCACCAGGUUGAAAGUAAAAAUUGUGCCGUAUGUUUUGCUCUAUGGCAUUGGCCAACAACGGAUGCGGAGGAUGCCGUGUUGGAGUGUCACGUGGGCUACGACAGCGCCACAGACUCGUACCACCUCGUGGAUAUCGAGGAUGACUCAAAGCGAAGCUGA